CGAAUGAGAAGCUCUAUGCAUAGAGUCAACAUUAUUGGUCAGAUGUUGCGGCGGCGAAAAGUGAUUGCACGAUGGAAAUAUGCCGUGCCACGGUCCAACCACCUCUGGCAUUUGGAUGGGCAUCACAAGCUUAUCCUCUGGGGAAUUGUCAUCCAUGGGCUUAUUGACGGU